CUUAGGAGCUUGGUAGAAGUGGCCUAACACGAGACCUAGACACACGUCGCCAGCGUCCUUAACAUUUUCGAUAAAGUCCAGAUAACGAAGUGAACUUUAUAAUGUCUGUAAUAAAUGAUAAGAAAAUGGCAUCUUCUAACGCGGAGUUACAAGAAAGGAGCAAACUGUACUAUAAGUUUACGAAGGUACUGACCCUGAAGGUUGCACAAAUAGUGGUUCAGAGCAGGCAAGGGAAAAAAAUAACCCACGAAUGUAAUGCCAAGUUUCCGGACAACGGAGUGGAGUCUUCGCCGCAAUGGUUCAAUCUAUCAAUCCCCGACGAGCCAGGCGUGACGGAAGACACCAAACGAGUCCUGAACGGCGAAGUUGUGGACGCGCUUACCAAAGUCCUUUGCAUCGAGAUCUCUCUACACACAGUCGAUGGAGACGACAUGGUGCUGGAACUGUGGACGGUCAAGCUGUCUCCCGGCAGCGAGGUCUGCUCACCUUCCACCGUGUAUUACCGCAUGAGCGUCAUGCUGAAGUCUACCCUGACUAUUUCAAGGAUAACCCCGGCGUAUAAGCUCUCGAGGUCACAGCAUAAUGAGUCCUACAAGAUUUCCCAUAAGAUCUAUGGCGGGGAACCGGAUUAUGAUAUUUUAGGCGAAAAACGCAAGACAGUGAAAGUGAGCGAGCUACACACGCCAAUAGGAACUCUAAUGAUAGAGGUGGUGUACCGGACGAAGAUGACGUUCAUGCCGGAGACCAGACAGAAGAUUGAGUACGAAGCCUCGCCAGCCACUACCGGGAUUAUGGUUAAGAGUGACCAUUUUUAUACGGAGAGCCCUAAAAAAAACCGCAACGAGAAGAAAGAGUUAGAUCUCUCGAAGCCGUUGACUGCUGGUGCGUUUGUCGAUCAGAAGAAGAUCCAGGAGUUACACAAGACCCUCAGUGAGCAACUGCCUCCGGAGCCGCCCAUGGCCUGGCUGCUAGCUGAGAAGGAGAAGAUGGAAAAUAAAAUGAAAGCGCUAACGAUAUCAGACCACGAGAACGCGAACAAACCUAGCUGCAGUACUAGUGUACCGACUUCCUCCGCUCACGCCGUCAGCCGCGCCAUCGAAGUGCCCAAGCCUAAGAACGGAGACAGAUACUCUGGGCUUAUGGAGUUCCCCUUCGCCGAUGGCAGCCCAAUAGCAGAGCUAGCGAAUUUCUACCAAGAAUGCUUGCAAGCCAGAUCCAUUAGUGACGAAUGGACGGACAUUGUGAUCGAAGCUUCUGGAACCGACUCCGAAUCUUUGUCCAAACAACUGAAGAUGUUCGAAGACGCUGUCCCCGAGUUCGAUAACAUGGUGGCAUCCAUGUUCAGUAACUCGGAGGGAUCAGACCGCUCUUAAAUGGCCCGUAAGACUGUUGAAUGAUAUUAGAGUAAGGAGCAGUGCGAAUGGUAUAUAUAUGUAUAUGAAUAUACAGAUUUUUUAAUGUGUUGCGUAUUGCUAAAUAUACAGCUAAGUCUUGUACGGGGUGUCUCAAAAAUCAGAACUGGUAUAAUUUGUUACCAGGUAUUGUGUUUUGGGAUACCCUGUAUGUUUAAGAAAUGUAUAGAAGAGAAAUAUAGUUUUUCAUUGCCAUUUUAUACGGUUUUCCAUCACAAUAAUUAAACAUUUUAAAUCAAGCGACUUUAUUUAAUUCGCACUGCAUUGAUUGAUAUCGCGUGGUGUUUGAGGGUUUGUAGAUAGAUUUAUAUUAUCAUGUUAUUACCAUUUUAUUGUAAGCGCCAUCUUCUUGUCUGACCUGAAACUGAAGAGUAGUAUUGUUUGUCUAUGGUCCGGCGAUAUUCAACCUUUGCUGAUUUAGUUUAUGAUAUUAUAUCAACCAGUGAUAUCAAUUUUAUAGGCCUUAAACGACUUUGAAAAUAGUUUUUUAACAGUUAUUUUGAAGUAAAAAUAAAAAAAUUCCCGCAGUAUAACGGGAUUUUGUUGAUGAAUCAAACCACUCAUAAACCAGUUGUAUUGUAAUAGGUUUAAUUGUCCCUCCUCAGUCGACAAACAAAGAAACAAAAAAAUCACUUAUCACGAAUGUUCUACAGUAAAUGCUAAAGAUCAACACAACACUUUGACCGCUCGUAUUCGGAUCCGAGAUGGAUGCCGACCGUGCUAGCCGGGGGUGCGCUCUGCUGCCCGAAACUGUUCCGAUGGAAGCAGUCCGUGCUAGCGGUCUUAUAUAGACGUCGCGGGGGAAUUUUAAAUUUCAAGAUUUUAAGUUAAAAAACCACAUAAAAACGAGCUAAUAAAUACGAAAUAUAUAUAAAAUAAAACGUCUAUCACAUGGUUUCUUUAUAGUAAAGGUCAUGGCACACAUGAACAGCACGGCACAAGUCAGCUCCAACCCAGUGCUUAACUUGUCAUUUGAAUUUGGCCCUUUAAUCGUAUCUCAUACUAACUUCUAUUCUUCUGCCAACGGUUUCACCCGUAUCCUGUGGGAAUCUCAACACAAAAUAGACUAUGUAACAUUGAAAUAAUUUUUCAAAUCGGACCUAUAGUCCAUGACGUUUGAUUGACUAGGUGGAGCUACUUUUAAUAAUGUAAAACUGUAUGUAUGCAUAAUAUAUAACUUGUGGGAUGAGUUGGUAAAAGUUAGCCGUUUGGAGAAUUAACCACUUUACGAAUUCGUCCUUUCACGAAUUAGGCAUUUUACUACUUAGAUCUUUUGAGAAUUAGCCAUUCCGCGAAUUGGUUUUUUCGAGAACUAGUCACAGACAUUCAUGGAUUGGCUCUUGCGACUGUGUGCCAUUUUGCAAAUUGGCAUUUAAUACUAAAUGGGCCCUGAAAUUAGCGUGUUCAAACAAAUAAACAAACUUCAGCUCAUACCUAACAGCUGUGCCGUAUCUUGCCGUUCAAGUGUGCCAUAACCUUUAAUAUAUUGUACAGUUUCAACGGCCAACACUAUAUAGUGCAAAUUAGUGUAACUCACUUCACAAUGCUCAUACUUCGACUGAUGCUUCUAGGCUAGUUUUGUAUCAUAGAUAGAUAUUUAUACAUACAAAAGAA